UCCGGUUCACUACUGGGGAUAGAAUUCCUGCAGGUUGUCGAUUGAUGAAUGUAAACUGUCAAGAGAAAAAAGUGUACAGUGGAGGGAUGAUUACAGGGCAUACAUAUUAAAUCACUUCUUCUCUCCAAUAUAUGCAAGGCUGUCGAUCUGGAAAUUGACGAAUCCAACUUGACGGGCGAAAAUAAGCUGAGACGAAAGCACACUAAUGCCAUCAAUACAAAUAGCUAUGCCGAGCUUGCUCUAUCCGAACGCGACAAUAUCGCAUUUGUGAGAACCUUGGCUCGCAACGGUUAUGGAUCCGGGUUGAUUGUUGCUACGGGCAAAAGCACCGAGUUUGGACAAGUGUUUGAAUUGAUGCAGCAAGUCGAGAAUCGCAAAACGCCGCUUCAGGUUGAUAUGAACGAACUUGGUAAACAACUGUCAAUCUUGUCGUCUGGCAUCAUUAUCGUCACUGCCCUUAUUGUUCUGAUCCAAGGACGACAUUGGCUUGAAAUGUUCACAAUUGGAGUCAGUCUCGCUGUUGCUGCUAUUCCAGAAGGCUUGCCAAUCGUUGUCACCGUUACUUUGGCACUGGGUGUACUGCGCAUGGCCAACAGAAAGGCCAUUGUCAAACAACUUCCAUCCGUCGAAACACUGGGCUCUGUCAACGUAGUGUGUGCAGACAAGACAGGAACAUUGACUAGAAAUCAGAUGACGGUGACCAAAGUGUUUACCAUUGAUGAUGAAAAGACGUUUGAUUACGAGCACAAUGCACCGAGCAAACUCAGCGCAGCACUGCAUCAAACACUGCGGAUAGGCAACUUGUGUAACAAUGCUUAUGUUGGCGAGGAUGGCAAGUACAUUGGUCAGCCAACCGACAUCGCUCUCUUGGAAGUCAGCGUUCGUAGCGGUCUGAAGGAUGACCGUGAGAACUUUGAGCGUGUUGAAGAACUUCCCUUUAAUUCGGACCAGAAGUUCAUGAUGGUCAAAUGUGAGGACAAGCGUACCAAGGAAUCAGCCUGUUAUUUCAAGGGUGCUACCGAGAUUAUCCUUGAAAAGUGUAGUACAUUCUACGAGUCUGACGACACGAAGCACCCACUAACGGCUGAUAUUAAGGAGAUGGUUCUGCAGCAUGUAGCAGCCAUGAGCUCUCACGGUCUUCGCGUCAUCUCCACUGCCUUUGGAACCAAUCCCAAGGAGCUGUCGCUUACUGGCUUCCUUGCUGUUCAUGAUCCACCACGUGCUGGUGUCGCAGAUGCUAUUCGGGACUUGCGCCAGGGCGGGGUUUCUGUCGCCAUGAUUACCGGUGAUUCCGAAGCGACCGCCAUGUCGAUUGCCCGUAAGCUUGGCAUUCCGCUAAACACAGCCAAGUCAAGCUGCUUGACUGGACGCGAUAUCGAAGCAAUGAGCGAGCGACAAUUGCAAGAAUGAUCGGAACCGUAUCUGUGUUUGCUCGCAUGACGCUAAUGCACAAUUAAUCGGCUAUCGUCAAGGCAUACCAGGCCAAGGUGCUGUUGUUGUUGCCACGCGGGCCGAUGAUAUUGUCAGCAGUUGCAAUGCAACAAAAGCAAGCGUUUUUUAUGACAUCAAAUCUUAUGGAAUUCGCACGAAAAUGCAACUACCGUCACCCAAGUCAAACAUAAAUUCUUGAUCUUGAAGACGAUCAUU